AUGCAUUUCACCAGCCUCCUCACCACCACAUUGGCCUUCUUCACCAUCACCAACGCCAUCCCAGUGGAUUCUACUCUCGAUGCCCGUGAAAUCCAACUCCUCGAAGCUCGCGAAGCAGACCCCAACCUCUUCGGAGCAAUCGCCAAAAUCGCAACAAAGCUCAAGCCAGGCAAAAGCACUCCUGCUUGGAAGCCAGAUCUGAGUAAAGUCAUGCUCGGUCAGAAGACCAAGGAUAGGCUCAGACUUAACGGCCCAUCUCGCGUCUAA